AAAAUGGCCAAUUUAGACGCUGAUUCACUUUACAGCAUUAAAGCUAUAUUAAUUUUGGAUCAAGAUGGAAAACGUAUUUUGGGCAAAUAUUAUGACAAACAAAUACUUGCCACAGAAAAGGAGCAAUCUGCAUUUGAAAAAAAUCUUUUUCAAAAAACACACAAGGCUAACGCAGAAAUAAUUCUUUUUGACGGCUUUAUUUGUGUUUAUCGUUCAAAUGUCGAUUUAUUUUUUUAUGUUAUUGGAAGUUGUAAUGAAAAUGAAUUAAUUUUGCAAAGCGUUUUAAAUUGUUUUUAUGAGGCUUUCUCUAUUGUUUUACGCAAAAAUGUUGAGAAGAAGGUUCUUUUUGAUCAUAUUGAUUUGGCUUUUCUUGUCUUGGAUGAAAUUUGUGAUGACGGAGUAAUUCUAGAGACGGAUGCUCAAGCUGUAGUUGCCCGUUGUGCUUUUAAACCUGAUGAAAUUGGUUUUGGAGAGCAAACAAUCUCUCAAGUUGGAAUGUCUCUUUUGGGGUCUGCAAAGGAUCAAUUUAAAUGGUCAUUGCUUAAAUGAUGUGGUGAUUAGCGAAGAAAUAAAUUUUGUGUGUCAAAUUCUGGGUUUGUGUAAAAUUGUUGAAAUAUAUUUAAAAUAUAAAGGUUUUUAAUUUUUAUUAAAUUUUUAUUAAAUUUUAGGUCAAAAAUAGGGUCGUGGGUUCGACCCCGCUCGGGGAAAAUAUUUUUUGUUUUUGUCUAUUUUCAUGGGUUUGCUUAUUUUUCAAUAUUUUUUAAGUUAUUUUAAAUUAAUUUUUGGUUUUAUGGACCUUUUGAGGUCUUUUGCCAGUUUAGGCAUUUUGUCGUUUUUUGACAUUUGGGCGUUUUGUCGGCUGAAUUUUUUUGAAUAUUUUGAAUUCAUUCUUUU